UUAAAAGCUCUAUUGGAUAAAAACUCCAAAUAUGGGGAGUUCCACGCUCAAGUAUGCAAUGACUAUCUUAGCCUUUGUGGUGUAUAUAGUUUCACUCAUAUUCUCCUACCUUAAUUCACUGUCUGGAAUGGGUGGAAAUAAAAACGAGACAAAUGAGACUGCUUUGGGAGGGUUAUAUCUCAAUACCAUUAGAGAGUUAUCAAAAAAAUACAAGAGCAAUAUUCAACCAGCCAGCUGGACUUUCGUUGUCAUCUGGAUGAUUAUUUAUCUCUGGAAUGCAAUUGGUGCAUUUUAUAUGAUUGUAGCUCUCUGCCUGAAGAAAGAGGAUAGUCCAACAGUGAGAGAGAAGCCUUUGAUUCCUCCAGUGACUCUGAUAUUCUGGUGUCUGAGCUGGUCAUUGUCCGUGGCAUGGAUUUUUGCGAACGACAGAGAGAUUUUGGGACUGGCAAUGUUCUUCAUACUUGCGGCUUGCUGGGUUACUUACGCUGGUCUUGCAUUCUCGUAUCGGAGUUAUUACCCAGAAGUCGAAGAACUGAAACAACAGAAUCCAAAAUUGCUUUGGCUCGUUCGUAUCAUUUUCCACAAUGGAUAUGCGAUUCUGGCAACAUGGUUGACGUGCGCUUGGAAACUGAUGUUGGCAACUGUGAUCACUUACAAGGGCAGCAUGGGAAGUCCUGUUGCAGAGCUGAAUGGUUCACUGACAGCUGAAGACGCUGGCACAAUCUCUCUUGUCAUCCUCCUGUUAGAGAUCAUAGUCUGGUUUGUACUUGAAAACUUCGUUUUUGAAAAAUAUUGUCGCUACACUCUCACCAUCUACCCUACUCUUGUGUUUGCAUUGAUCGGAGCUCUCGUUGGGAAUUACGUCAGUCCCUUCUCAAGGAAUAUGUAUCUGUCACUCACCGGUUUGAUUCUUUCAAUUCUUGCUCUGAUCGCUCGUACUGUGCUGGUUGCUUACAGGCAUAGGAACGGAAAAGUGGAUGUUGCCUAGAGCGUGGCUUAAACUUUUGGUGUUAUGGAGAUGCAGAGGUUUACUAUUAUUUACGGACCCCCACAAUAAGUUCAUAAAAAGGAAAACACAUUGUUACUUAACCCAUCUUCUGAGCCCCAAAAUAAGUUUAUAAAUAUGAGAACCCCUUUUUACUUACCCCAUUUAUGGAGCCCCACAUUGUUACUUACCCCAGAAUUACCCCAUUUACAGAGCCCCACAAUAAGUUUAUAAAUAUGAAAACCCUAUUUUACUUACCCCAUUUAGGGAGCUCACAUUGUUACUUACCCUUGAAUUACCCCAUUUUCAGAGCCCCACAAUAAGUUUAUAAAUAUGAAAGCCCUAUUUUACUUACCCCAUUUAGGGAGCCCCACAUUGUUACUUACCCUUGAAUUACCCCAUUUUCAGAGCCCCACAAUAAGUUUAUAAAUAUGAAAACCCUAUUUUACUUACCCCAUUUAGGGAGCCCACAUUGUCACUUACCCCUGACUUACCCCAUUUUCAGAGCCUCACAAUAAGUUUAUAAAUAUGAAAACCCCUUUUUACUUACCCCAUUUAUAGAGCCCCACAUUGUUACUUACCCCUGACUUACCCCAUUUUCAGAGCUCCACAAUACGUUUAUAAACAUGAAACUCAUUGUUCCUUACUGAUCAAUGUUGGUGAGUAAAUUAAAGUUUAUUUAAUGACUCAGAUGUAUUUGCUGCUCGGAUGUAUUAUUUGCCAUUAGGCCUAUUGCUUUUUUAGACAGUUACAAAAUUAGCCAAGCCUUUAGGUUUCUCUCACGACCCUCAUUUUGUAAUGUAAAAAAAAUCAUAUUCCUGUAGCAUACAUGGCAAUUUUUGCAGCUUAAAACGAUUUUUAGGCUCUCAGUAAAGUGAGAAAGUUAACUGAAUAUUGAUUUAAGUUGUUAAAAAAAAUUAAAAUUUAAUAAAUGUUGGUUUUGAUUUUCCUUCUAAAUCCUGGCGUGACUCUGUACAAACAAACUCUGCACAAACGAAAAUUUACCUGUGUUAUCAUCAUUUAAUUUCUAUCAUCCAUUUUGAAUUCAAUUCAAGCUACUAUUUCUCAACACACACUUUCCUAACAAAAUUUCAAAUUUAGUUUUGUGGUGACUUAUAAAAGAAACCAUCGGAUCGCGAAACGAUCCAAUAUCGCCUUUCUUGCCAGAUUAUAUUCCCAAGCUGAAGUUCUUAAUAGAAAAGUGUCAUCGUGAAUAAGUCAUUUGCCCUUUUAUUAUAUUUCUUUACUAGUCCAUAUAUCAGAGCAAAAGCUUCUUCAUAAAGUUUUUUUUUUACUCAAGAUUAUCAACUUGAGAAAAAUAUUGCGAAUUUGUGAAUAUAUUUACCGAUAGUUACUUUUUUCGUUUUGUUGUUUGCUUUGCUUUAGUAAACUGCUGAUUUUAACACAGGAUAGACCAGUGGUUCUUUUGAUAUAUAUUUAGUUACCUAUUUCAUUUCGUUUUUCUGUUGCUUUUAAAAACUGCUGCGAAGCUUAUAAUUGUUGUUACGUGUAGUUACUUAUUUUGUUUUUGCUGCUUCUUGCCUUCCUUUUACAAAUUCCUAGUUUCUAGUUGGAGUCAAAGUUUGGUAUAUUUGUAUUUUCAAACCUACAGACUUGUGGUGAUAAUCGAAUAAAAUAUUCAACAAAAAUUUUAAAAAUGAUUUGACAUAGACAAUUAAAAAAAAAAAAAAUUUGCCAAAAUAUUUCUUUAAUUUCUCUCAUUUUAAAAAAAUAAUAUUUGAGAUGAUAUGCUUUGAAAGUUUGUCAUGUCAUUUUUUAUGCUCUUGAAAGACACCCUGUCUCUAAAGAAAUGAUUAGUCUUCACUGUUUCGGCUUUCACAUGUUCACUGUUUUCUCAGUAAACAAUUUGAGCGGGCUUGUUAAUUUCAACUUUUGUAUAUAUUUGUCCAUUUCUCUCAUUUAAAAAACAUUAUUCAAAACAAAGUAUAUGCAUUAGAAACUUCCUGUAUUUGGUGGCAUCAUUCUUUUACACCAUAGAAAGACACUCCGUCUCUAAAAAAUGAUUUGUCAUCACUGUGUUGGUUUCACAACCUGUGUGCAGUCAUGCAUUUUAUGCCCUGCAAGGUUAAAUUGAAGAGAUUUUUCCCUAUUUAAUAUGUUUGAACAAAGCAGUCAUGCAUGUUUUACAGUGCAGAGUUGAAUUAAACUUAUUUCGUUUAUGAAGGCAGCUUGGUUUAAAAAUGCAGUCACGCAUGCUUUAUAUUCCAGAGUUAAAUGAAACCAUCUUUCUUUCAGAUUUUGAUUCAAUUUUAAUAUAUAUUGGUGUUCUAUUUAAACAAAACUUUGUAUUUCAGAGUUAAAUUUUCUCUAUUUUUUCCUAAACUUAAAUAUGAUCCCUGAAAAAGCAGACUGUUUUAUUUUGCGGUGUCGAAUUGGGCCCCUUUUUCUUGAAUUUAAUUUCGAUUUCAUGUAUUCUAAAAAUUGCAUUUCAAAAAUGCUCAGCUGUGAUGGGUUGCUCUCAAAGAGAAGGCCUUGCUUCAAGCAAAUUAUAAUAUUCAAUUUGUCAUAUACACACUAAAUUUUCGACUAUAUUUGAAAAAAAAAUUUUUCACAUCUGAACAAGGUUUCACACAUUUUCACUUUUGUGUUCAGGUAUUUUCAUUUUUCGUGUUCAUUAAAAAAAUUGCAAUAUAGAAAUGUGCGAUA